AUGAAGCAUAAACUCGAUCGAUUUGGCUUCAUUCUGAACAUGGACUCACACGGCAAUGUUCACGAGCACGACGAGCCGGAGCCCAUACGGACCUUUGCUGCACAAAAGCGCGUCGACGUCCGCACGCGCAAAUGGAACGUUAUGCUAUUCGGGACCGGAAGUAACUCAACCAAGACCAGCAAUAGGAAAUUUAUGGGUUCUUUGCAUCAUCGUAAGCUCAAGUCCCGAUUACGGAAGGGCGUCCCCGAUACCCAACGAGCCGCCGUAUGGUGUCGGCUCGCCGGUGUGGCGGAAAAAAUUAAGACGCAUCCCGGAACGUACAAACGAUUGGUCCAGCAGUCUGAAACCAUUGAACGGGACAUUCACCGCACCUUUCCUCGGCAUUCUAUGUUUUUUGAACGUCGAGGCGGACAAGCAAGUUUACGCCGUGUCUUGAAAGCCUACAGUCUAUACGAUCGGGAAAUUGGGUACUGUCAAGGGAUGAACUUCAUUGCGGGGAUGUUUCUGACUCUAAUGACGGAAGAGGAAGCGUUUUGGUUACUUGUUGCGGUGAUGAAUGACAAACCGUGCUGCAUGCGUGGAUUAUUUGGGGAAGGCAUGCGGGAGACUCACCAGGUACUCUAUGUGGCCGAGAAGCUGAUCCACCAGUUUUUACCCAAACUUGCCCGACAUUUUGACAAGGAGCAUUUGCACAUAACAAUGUUUGCAACGCAAUGGCUCUUGACUCAAUUCACCAGCUCCUUUCCUUUUGAAUUGGUCACUCGUGUAUGGGAUUGUUUCCUACAGGAAGGCUGGAAGAUCACGUACCGCGUCAUGCUUGCGCUCUUAUCAACGAAUCAAUCGAACAUUUUGCAACAUGGGUUCGAAGAAAUUUUAGCGCUCUUUCGGGAGUUGCCAGAC